AUGUAUCAUCAUUCAUUGAAAACGAUUAUUGUCAACUUCUAUCUUCCCUGUAUUUUCUUUCUAUCAAUUGUUCAUUGUAACAAAGAUGCUAAUCGUUUGUUCGAAGAUUUGUUAGUUGAUUACAAUAAACUUGUUCGACCAGUGGACAAUAAAACAAAUGCCUUGGUUGUCCGUUUUAAGUUGAAAUUGUCGCAACUGCUUGAUGUGCACGAAAAGAAUCAAAUUAUGACAACGAAUGUAUGGCUUCAACAGACAUGGACAGAUAUUAAAUUGAGAUGGAAUCCUGAAGAAUACGGUGGAGUAAAUGUAUUAUAUGUUCCGUCUGAUAUGAUUUGGAUUCCGGAUAUUGUACUUUAUAAUAACGCUGAUGGAAAUUAUCAAGUAUCAUUCUUGACAAAAGCUAAAUUAUCUCCCAAUGGUACUGUAGAAUGGACACCACCAGCUGUUUACAAAAGUAUGUGCCAAAUCAACGUGGAAUGGUUUCCAUUCGAUGAACAAAUUUGUGAAAUGAAAUUUGGUUCAUGGACAUACAGUGGUUCAGAAGUUGAUUUGAAACAUAAAGAUUCAAAUAUUGAACGAAAAAUAAAUGAGAUAACGAUAGGAGUUGAUGGUGAACAUAUUGAAACAAUUUGGAUUGUUGAUAAAGGCAUUGAUCUAAGCGAUUAUUAUCCAAGUGUAGAAUGGGAUAUCAUUGGUGUAACAGGCAAACGUCAUGAAAUUAGAUAUUCAUGUUGUGAAUCACCAUUCAUUGAUCUCACAUUUGAACUUCAUCUCCGUCGAAAAACAUUAUUUUACACCGUCAAUCUCAUUUUUCCAAUUGUUGGAAUCAGCUUUCUUACGGCUUUAGUAUUUUAUUUACCAUCUGGUGGUGGUGAAAAGAUUUCAUUUUGCAUUUCAAUUCUAAUCUCAUUAACCGUAUUUUUUUUAUUGCUUGUUGAAAUAACUCCACCAACUUCUUUGGUAAUUCCAUUGAUUGGAAAAUAUCUGCUUUUUACAAUGGUCCUUGUCACCUUAUCAGUCGUUGUUACUGUUAUAACUUUGAAUGUUCAUAACCGAACACCAACAAUACAUGUAAUGCCGGAAUGGGCCAAAAAAUUUUUCAUCGAAUGGCUACCCAAAUAUUUAUGCAUGCAAAGACCAACACCAAUACGAAUUGAAUUAGCAUCAAUUGAUGCUACCAAUAAUUCGAAGAUAAUCUUAACAAAACGAUCUUGUUUUCGAUUAACUUCAACACCAAUAAAUAGAAAUCGUUCAUCGAUCCUAUCGACAUCGUUUGAACUGGAACAUUUUCCUUGUCUAGCAAGUGCUUCUUCUACUUUCCCCAAAUAUUUCGAAAACUUCAAAUGUAAACAUUGCAAAUCAACAGCCUUACAAAAUGCUGUUGAUAAUGUCACAUUUAUUGCUAAUUAUUUAAAGGACAAUGAAAAUGAUCAGCAGAUAAUUGAAGAUUGGAAGUAUAUAUCAAUGAUAUUGGAUCGAAUAUUUUUAUUUUAUUCACUUCAGCAUGUAUGA